ACGAGAAAAAGAGAACGAGGGGCCAAAGAGUGAAGACUGGCGGCAACCAAACCUUUGGUUGAUCGAGAGAAAAGGGUGAGAAGUAGCCAUGUCGGAACCAAGACGCUUGAGAGGUCACAAAGCCACCGCAACUUGCUGUAUCGCCUCACGUGACCGUCCUGGCAUAGUCGCCACCGCCGGCGAGGAUGGUUGCAUUUGCUGGUUUGAUAUGCGAUGCAAAGACGCACAAUUCGUUAUGGAGGUUGGACCGGAACCUGUCUCUUCAUUGUGCUUUAAGCCAGGAAAUGAAGACAUUAUUUACGUUUCCUCAGGAAAUGAAGUCAAGUGUUUUGAUGUGAAUAUGGCUACGUCACAGAAGCUGUUGCAGAGCUACCAUUACAACAAGGAGGAAAUAAAUCAGAUUGCUUGCAACUCAAAGUCAACAUUUCUUGCUUCUACAGAUGAUAGUGGUGAUAUUAAGAUUAUUGACAUGCAUCAGCAUUGCCUUUAUAAAACACUGAGAGCUGGUCACACAAGCAUUUGUAGCAGUGUUCAGUUCAUUCCUUGGAGAGCUUGGGAAGUUAUUACUGGAGGACUUGACUCAAAGCUUAUCAUUUGGGACUUCUCCAAAGGACGUCCAACCAAAAUUGUGGAUUUUGGUUCACCUAAAAUGAAAGGAACCAACAUGGCACAGAGUUUCAAUCCUGCAUUUGUUCAUGCUAUAGCAGUUCCAGAUUAUGAUAUGUUAGACACGUCAGGCAAUAUAUGUGUUGUAGCUAGGGGUGAUGGUGCCGUUGAUGUGAUCAACAUUGAAUCAGAGCUUGCUGCUACUAGGUCAAAGAGUACGACCAAAGUUCAUAAAGGAUCUCAAUCAACACCCCCAGUUGCAGAAGGAAGCAGGUUGCAUUUGGAUUACACUUUGGGUGGUCAUGUUGCUGCUGUGUCCUGUGCAGCAUUCUCACUUUUUGGAGAGAGGGGGAAGUUUAUAAUUACAGGCGGAAAUGACAAGUCAGUGAAAGUAUGGGAGUGCUCCAGAUAUCUUGAUGUUGGGCAAAGUGGUAGCAAUAAUAACAUUCUUCAUCUUAACAUCAAUUUGAGCAAAAAGGUAAACUGGCUAUGUACCACUCCGACUGCAUCAGAAAAUCUUGUUGUCUGUGAUACUACCAAAGUAGUAAAAGUGUAUUCUGUUUUAUAGAUUAAAACUUGAAAUCUUCAUUCCCGAGUCUCUGGGAGGGCCAGCCCAUUUCUGGCGCAGGACAUCGUUUCCUUUACUCUCUUGUGUCGCGUCCAUGCUGAAGAGUGUGCUUGUUCAUCCAAAGGCAACUUCACUCUCUUGGGAUUAAUGGUUAUUUUGUGUGCCACUCUCACUUGUUGAAUAGUUUUAUUUGUUGCAAUAUCUUUUUGGAAUGUAAAAACUAUCAUCUUCAUCAUGAUAUGAGAAUUAGGGGUGUCCCCAGUUUUCAAGAGUUUCAAAAUGAACGAAAAAAUGGUAUUAUUUUGAUUGAAA